CUUGCCCGUUUUACCGCACGAAUCUCCGAGGAGCAUGGGAUUCUGGGGGCUCCCGACGUGGCGGAAUUUAAUUGGAAAAAUCUCUCUCUUCACUCACUCCUCUUCCUGCUAAGUUCAUUGCAUACCCAUUUCCCAAUUUUUCCUUAUUAUAAUCGCCCAGGACAGAAAGAAUCGUUGCGUUUUUGUGUCAACUAUUUCUUUCUUCUCCAAGACAGAACCAAGAAAGGCGGAGAAGCUGAAGCAGAAGGUGAAGACCAAAGCGACACGCUGAGAAAUAGAGAGAGAGAGAAAGAGAGAGAGAGAAAGAAAGAGAUUUUCACUAAAUGCUUUAAUUUGCUUUGUGAGUUAUUUUGCAGUUUCUUCAUCCUUCGCCCACGCCAAGAAGAAAAACAAAUCCGCCCAUCAAAAGACAAAGACUGGAUAUUUCACCGAUACCCGUUUCAGAAUUAAGUUCAGCUUUUGGUUGUCUUCUCUGAUUCCGUAGUUUCUUGGCUGGAUCGGAUCUGAAUAGGACCCGGAUUACUCUUUCCACCAGUACAUAAAAUCUUUCGCCUUCUCGCUCAAGAGUUAUGACACUGUAUUAGUCUCUCGUCUCUGUUCGUCAUCAGUGAAUCUUUGAAUUAGAAGAAUGGAAUCACUCGUGGAAGGGAUUAGCUCAUUGCCCAAUGGUCAUAAUUCCGUCCCAGACUGUAAUGCAUCUUCUUUUGCAACCAGAACAAGCCGCCUUCCUCCUCAUCAUCCUUCAAUGAAACAAUACAGACAUGAAGCAUCAUCAUCUUCAUCAUCUUUUCCCAUUCCUAUUGACUCUGAACCAAAGUUUCUUCCAACCCCAAAAAAAUCUUUUAAAACAUCCAUUGAUAAUCCUGAUCAGACCUCCUCCCAUUUUGAGUCAAAUAAAGGGAAAAGUGAAUUUCUGUGUCCGGAAGGUGCUUUGAGCAAGGACAACGUUAAGUCAAAGGAGUGUUUGGAGGUACCUCAAUCAGGAUUCUGUCCAAGUCCUCAACAGAGUUUCUACUCUGCUACCCUGUACACUGAAGCCAAACAAAGCUUUACUAACACAGAAGUCAGUGAGUGUGUUAGCAGUAUAGACAAGUCUGGUGACAGUGGUGAGAUUAGCAACUCUUGUGAUAUUGAGAGUAGGAAGACAAGCAUAUACAGAGCAAGCACUGGCAGUGAUGUUAGUGAUGAGAGCAGCUCAAGUAGCUUUAGUAGCAGUGCAAUGUAUAAACCACACAAGGCAAAUGAUACAAGAUGGGAAGCAAUCCAAGCCGUUAGGUCCCGUGAUGGAACAUUGGGAUAUAACCAUUUCAGGGUUAUCAAGAGGUUGGGGUGUGGUGACAUAGGGAGUGUCUAUCUGGCAGAGUUAGUCGGCACGAGGUGUUACUUUGCUAUGAAAGUGAUGGAUAAGGCGACUUUAGAGGGGCGUAAGAAGCUUGUUAGGGCUCAAACAGAAAGAGAGAUACUUCAAUGUUUGGAUCAUCCCUUUCUUCCCACUUUGUAUUCUCAUUUUGAGAGUGAUAAGUCCUCUUGCUUAGUGAUGGAGUUCUGUCCUGGUGGAGAUUUGCACGCUCUUCGUCAACGACAGCCUGGGAAGUAUUUUCCUGAGAAUGCUGCCAGGUUUUAUGUUGCAGAAGUUCUGCUUGCAUUAGAGUACCUGCACAUGCUUGGCAUCAUAUACAGAGACCUUAAACCUGAGAACGUAUUGGUGAGGGAAGACGGACACAUAAUGCUGUCUGACUUUGACCUCUCCUUAAGGUGCACGGUGAGCCCAACCCUGGUAAAAUCCUCGAACACAAACAUGGAUUCAAAGAAAUCAGGCUACUGCAUAGAGCCGUCCUGCGUGAUCCAGCCAUCUUGCAUCCAACCAGCCUGUUUCUCACCCCGCUUCCUUAGCAGGCCCAAGAAGGAUAAGAAGAAGCCCAAGCCAAAAGCCUCUGAGAUACACAACCAAGUGACACCACUUCCUGAACUGAUGGCAGAACCGACAAAUGCCCGAUCCAUGUCUUUUGUGGGGACCCAUGAGUACUUGGCUCCAGAGAUCGUAAAAGGGGAAGGGCACGGGAGUGCUGUGGAUUGGUGGACGUUUGGAAUCUUUCUUUAUGAGCUCUUAUUCGGUAAAACUCCUUUUAAAGGGCAGGGAAACCGGGCAACGUUGUUUAACGUUGUUGGGCAGCCCUUGAGGUUCCCGGAUUCGCCCUCGGUGAGUUUCGCCGCCCGGGACUUGAUUAGAGGGUUGUUGGUCAAGGAGCCACAGCACCGGCUGGCUUACAGGCGCGGGGCCACUGAGAUAAAACAACACCCGUUCUUCCAGAGUGUGAAUUGGGCCCUGAUCAGGUGUGCAAGCCCGCCUGACGUUCCAAAACCAUUUGUAGACAAAGAGGCGGUGGUGACAACGAAACCACAAGGUGGUGGUGGUGGUGUUACAUCUUCUGAUAAUAAUUAUUUUGAGAUUGAUUUCUUCUGAUUGUUGGCUGAUUGUUUUGUUUGUUUUCCUUCUUUUUACCCCUUCUUUUCUCAUAAGUCAAUCACUGUGGGAUUUGAAUUAUACAUGCCACAUUAAGAUGUCCCCUUUUGUUUUGGAAGGGGUAUACCACUUUGUUGUUCUGUGUGAGGAGGAGCCAAAUGUAAAGUGCAGUACACAUUCUUGUCCUUGAAAAUAUAGCUCCUAUCAUCAUAUUAUUUC